AUGGGGACUCGCGACGGAGAUGCUAUGGCAGUUGUGCCAGAGAUCAGGGACCUAGGGGACACUCUGAACUCCGCUUUCAACUGCUCUGCCCAGGAUCUUGCUGCGGCACGUACGGCCAAUAAAGCGUUGUUCAGGUUGAAGCGCACAGUGACAUCUAGGGAUCCUGUCGUGCCAGUCCCGAUCUAUAUGGCCUCCGUUCGGCCGCAUCUGGAGUACUGCGUACAAGCUUGGUCCUCUACUCUGAAGAAGGACCAAAGGGUUCUGGAAAGAGCGCAGAAGAGGUUCACGCGCCUGUUCCCGCACCUUCGGGGAGCAACAUAUGCCGAACGCCCACAGGGGCUGAACCUGUUUUCACUCAAUCGGAGAAGCCUGAGGGGAGAUCUGAUUGAAACCUUCCGUAUCUUGACGGGUUUCUAUCAUGGAAUCUCCCACGUACUUCAACGGAACGAUGUACCCAACAGAACGGGACACAGUAUCAAGUUNAAGCUUGAGGCUUCCUGGGCAUCAGCGUUCCCCGAUUGUAUCUGA